AUGACCACCUCCAGCAAUCCUCGAUCUCCACUCAGGGAGCCCAAGAGGAAGAGGGACACCGACCUGGACUUCUUCGGACUGGGCUCGGACGAUGAUGACUUUUGCACUCCCCCAGGGGCGACGCGAAAAGUGAGACCCACGACACCUCUCACCCCACGGUCCCCGAACGCAGCGGCGUCACCAUGUGGACCGAAGUCCACCGCGUCGGAGGGCAAGAAGAGGAAGAAGCCGACCGUGUCGACGGGGAAGAAGAAGAUUCGACACGACUACAGGCCGGUGGACCCUCAGUACGAAAGGAUGACGACUGAACGCCUCUUCAGCGAGGGACACAUCGCCAUGGGCAGCUUCUCUUACAACCACCCUCAGUUCGCGGAGGAGGCGGCCGCGUUCAACGGUGUGAAGAUCGACGGCAAGUCAGUGUGGCAGCAACAACCCUGCGGGCCCUCAACUCUCCACAACAACGUCACCAUCAUCGACCGCUUCCCCUCGCUGGCCCCGUUCUUGGUUCCGCUGGACAACCUGUGUAAGCGGAGAGAUUCCACCGUCCGCCUGUUCGUGAAGCAGCGGGCUCAGCAGUACACCACUUCCGGCCGCCGACACCGCGACGGCAAGAACGGGCGCUGGCGGAUGUGCAUAACAGUUCACAACCCGGGCGCACCGCUGGGCUUCAAGCGGCUGGAGGUUGGCGUGGCCGACGCCAGGGUUGCGAAGGGUGACCAGGCCACCAACCCGUGGCAGCUCAAAGCGGAUGGCACCCCAGACAUGGAGUGUAUCGACUGUACAACUGGAUCGUACCAAAUAAUGGACGAGGUCGGCACCGGCACUGCGUCCCACGCACACCAUCAGGCCAUCAUCGACAAGAAUCCCCUUCCGCAGCACGGAGCGCCCACCAUGUUCGUCGUCGACUUUGACCCGAUCAGCCCCCACACGUUCGUCGACGACGUCGAAAGGAUCGCAGAGGGUACUGCGGACAAGGUCAAGGCCGGCGUAGGCGUGCCGGCAUACGUGCCCCCUCCGACACAGGCGCAGAUCGGCCGGUCCUGUGGGUCGACGCAGACGAGCGACUGGAACAGGCUCAACAAGGAAAAGAAGUUGGAGAACUACAUUCAGGAUCGGCGAGAUGGAGGUCGGGUUCAGAGCCCUCAUCGCGGUUUUGGAGUCGGCAAGCCGUCCAACAGCGGCGACGGGCACGCCGCGAGGGACUUCAGCGAAGAGGGUUCGGGCGAGAGGUACUACGGACUCCACCUCGCGCUCCCAACGAAGGAUCUCCGGGCGCAACUUCCACUCCUGGUGCAGCCGGAUGGGAGCCUGAAGGAACCCCCGCUCUGA